GCUCCCUCCCUGGCAGUGACCUUCAGGGACUGCCCAGAGAGACGGCGGACGGUUUAUUCCCCGAGUGACACGCGGUUCCGGGUGCAGACGGACGGCCUUGUCCAGGUGAAACGUGCUCUGCAGCUCCACGACCAUGAAAUCAGCUUCCACGUGCACGCCUGGGACUCCACCGGCCGCAAGCACUCAGCCAGGGUCGUCGUCCAGAGGGAGCGGGGCCAGCACGGCCGCCACGUGGACGCUGCACUGGGCACUCGGGCGGACGUGCUGACCUUCCCGGAGUCCCAUCCUGGCUUGAAGAGGCAGAAGAGGGACUGGGUCAUCCCACCCAUCAACUGCCCGGAGAAUGAGCGGGGCCCCUUCCCCAAGCAGCUGGUCCAGAUCAAAUCCAACAAGGACAAAGAGACCACGGUUUUCUACAGCAUCGUGGGGCCCGGCGCGGACGAGCCCCCCGUGGACACCUUCCGAAUCGAGCGGGAGACGGGCUGGCUCCUGGUGAUGAAGCCGCUGGACAGGGAGCAGAUCCCCAAGUACAUCCUCUUCUCCCACGCCGUGUCUGCCAACGGGCAACGCGUGGAGGACCCCAUGGAGAUCAUCAUCACGGUGACGGACCAGAAUGACAACAAGCCCCAGUUCACCCAGAACGUCUUCACGGGCAGCGUCGAGGAAGGAGCCAAGCCGGGAACCUCCGUGAUGCAGGUGACUGCCACGGACGAGGACGACGCCAUCAACACCUACAACGGGGUCGUGGUGUACUCCAUCGUGACUCAGGAGCCCCAAACCCCCCACAGCCAUAUGUUCACCAUCAACAAGGACAACGGCAUCAUCAGCGUGAUUGCGACAGGGCUGGACAGAGAGAAAAUCCCCGAGUACACACUGACUCUCCAGGCAGCUGACAUGGAAGGCACUGGCUUGGUCACCACCGGGACAGCCGUGAUCGAGGUCACUGACACCAACGACAACGCCCCGUUCUUCCAGCCAGCCAUGUACGAAGCCACCGUGCCCGAGAACGAAGUGGGCUUUCUGGUGGCCCGGCUGACGGUGGUGGAUGAGGACAGCCCAGACUCGGAAGCCUGGAGGGCCGUGUACCAGUUCCAGAAAGGGAACGAGAACGGCGACUUCGUCAUCACCACGGACCCCAAGAACAACGACGGUGUCCUGAAAACAGCCAAGGGCUUGGAUUUUGAGAACCAGAAACGCAUGGUCCUGUACGUCACUGUCAUAAACAAGAGCCCCUUCGCCGUGAAUCUCCCGACCUCCACCGCCACCAUCACCAUCGACGUGCAGGACGUAAAUGAAGCUCCCAUCUUCAUCCCCCCUGUCAAAAGCGUGAGCGUGCCUGAGGACCUCCCUGUAGGACAGGAAGUUACCUCCUACACGGCGCAGGACCCGGACAAGAGCCAGGGGCAGACAAUCACCUACAGCUUGGUAAACUCCCCCUUGGGCUGGCUGACGAUCGACCCGCAGAACGGCAUCAUCACCUCUGCCAAGCAGCUGGACAGGGAGUCCAGCUCCAUCGUCAACAGCACCUACAAGGCCAUCGUGCUGGCUGUGGACAAUGGCUCCCCACGGACCACCGGCACGGGAACCCUCAUCCUGACCCUCCUGGAUGUGAACGACAAUGGGCCGGUGCCAGAUCCACGGGAGUUUGACAUUUGCAACCAGAACCCCGUGGUGCAAAUGCUGCACAUCGUGGACAAGGACCUGCCCCCAAAUACGUCCCCCUUCAAGGCAGAGCUGACGCAUGGCUCCAGUGCCAACUGGACCGUGACUCUGAGUGCACAGGGGGAAGACCUGGCCCUCCGUCUUCACAAGCAGCUGGAGGCCGGGGAGUACAACAUCUUCCUGCAGCUGACGGACAGCCAGGGCCAGUCCCAGACGACCAUUGUGAAAGCCCGUGUGUGCGACUGCGAUGGGGAGUACAAGCAGUGUGACCGCCGGGGGUACUAUGCCGCAGGUGGCCUGGGCGUCCCUGCCAUCCUGGGCAUCCUUGGGGGAAUUCUUGCCCUGCUGAUCCUGCUGCUCCUGCUGCUGCUCUUCGUCAGGAGGAGGUCGGUGGUAAAAGAGCCCUUGCUUCUGCCGGAGGAUGACACCAGGGACAACGUCUAUCAAUAUGAUGAGGAGGGUGGGGGAGAAGAAGACCAGGACUAUGACCUGAGCCAGCUGCACCGAGGCCUGGACGCACGGCCUGAAGUGACCCGCAAUGACGUGGCACCACCCCUUAUGGCGGCCCCGCAGUACCGCCCGCGCCCCGCCAACCCCGACGAGAUCGGCAAUUUCAUCGACGAGAACCUGAAGGCGGCCGACACGGACCCCACGGCGCCGCCCUACGACUCCUUGCUGGUGUUUGACUACGAGGGCAGUGGCUCUGAGGCCGCCUCGCUCAGCUCCCUCAACUCCUUUGGCUCCGACCGCGACCAGGACUACGACUACCUGCACGACUGGGGUGGCCGUUUCAAGAAGCUGGCCGAUAUGUACGGGGGUGGCGAGGAGGAGGAGGAGUAGCUGCCUUGCGGGGGCGCAGAUACAUGUUGGUUGGUUGCUUUGACCCCUUAAGUUUAGCUCAGCUUGGGCACUGCUCUCCCUGAGCUAGGAGUGGAUGACUGAAAUUCCCUUUCUGUAGCCCAUGCUAGCACCCCUCAAAUUGGCCGUUUCUCUGCUGUGGUCUAGGUUCCUGGCAUCCCAGCUAAGGCUGUCCAGGCUUGUUAGGGAAAAAAAGUUCUGUUGCAGGUGCAUCUAGGCUGGGGUGCACCCAGCAUCUUAGUGGCAGUCUGUCAGGGGGAAAUGGGUCUUGUCCACUGCUUUGGUCCCUGCAUGUGUUGCCCCAUCUGGGCUGAAGGUAGAGCAAUGCACGCAGGGACAGGCCGAUCCUCCAUGUUUUAGCAGGUCCAGACUGCGUUGUAGGAGCACAGGCAACCAACCUCUGUCUCCCCUCUUCUGGCUCCUGUCCCUGGGCUGGGAGCUUCUGACUGUUUCAGCUGUCCGUGUUUGGACUGGGUCUUCCGCUGCCAGCCCUGGGCUCCCACGUGCACCUGUGCGCGUGGCAGAGACGUGGUGCCUGGCUGCAGGCUCUAUGCAGUGUGGCAGGAGGAAGCACUUAGUGCUGCACCACUGUCUCCUGCCUGCCUAGCCUUUCUUGCUGCCCACAUUUGGGGACAGGAGCCUGCCCCGCUCUUGACCACUUCCCUCCCCUCAAUGUCACAACAAGGUGACCAUCUUUAGCCCCUUCAGAAUACCUCAAUCCAAAGGGAAGAAGUGUCAGAGCAAAUUUGCUGCAGGGCUGGCCAUGCCUGCAGGGUGCCUAGAGGCUAACAGACUCGGCUGGAGGUAGCUGCCCACCCAGAAGGUACAAGGCAGUCCAGCACAGGGCUGAGAUGCAGGGAACGUUGCCAGAGAUGCUGAAUUUUCAGGUGCCAUUUGCUUUUAAUCUUGCCUUGAUUUGGUUCCAUUAGCCGAGGUGCACUUUGACACUUAGCGCUGUGAACUGCAAUGACCAAAGAUGCUAUUAUCUUUCCCGCUGAGCAAGCACAAUCAUGAGCUUGUGGCUGGGGUGAACUUUGCCCCGGGACAUCCUCAAGGAACUAACAGCAGAUAGGUCCCCUCUCAUGUGGGGAGUCUCUGUUGACAGCUGUCCAAGUGCCUCUAUGCUGCGUAGGGAUCAGCAUGUCCUUACGCAUGCUACAUGCCUGUUUUUCUCUUGUGCUUCCUCCCCUGCCCCUAAAAUAUUGGAUUAUAAGCCAAACUACAGUGAAGCACGGCUGACGCCUUCACCCCUGCCUGCAGCUGAGGGCUAUGGUAUCCUUUCCAGCCUCAGUUCAUGACUCAGAAGCAACACAUCAUCCCAAUGCUUGGUACCUAGACAAAUCUGUGCCCUGGAUGAAUAGGUGCCAUAUGAAAAAGUGACCGUCUCACCCCAGAGCCAUGCUGUAUCUUUGUAGAAAAUUGUACCUGCGCUUGCAUGGGGGAAGAGUUGCUCUGUUAUUAGAGGGAUUUUUUCCACUUGCAUAGCAUUUUAGUAGGGUGCCUUUAUUCAAUAUAAUAGAUGCCAGCAGAUUUCUAUUUUUCCAUCAUACCAGAUCAUAACAUUCCUUCCUUCUGCAUGUUGUCCGAUGUAUCAUAUUUUCCGUGUAGUAACGGUGCAUUUAAUGACCUUUAAAAAAGCCAGUGACUUUACCUGGGUUCUCAACUGUAUAUUUAGCUGCCUUCAUACUUUGUAUUUGUCUGUGAAAGGGAAUGGGGGUAUGAUGCACACCAGGAGAUAAGUGAUGGCUUGGUGUUUAAUUUGAUCAUCCGUUUUUAUAAAAUUUUUAAUAAAUUUGUUUUUAAGAAA